UAUGCUUUCUUUUUUUGCUAAUUUUAUGUGGGACGGAGUCAGCGUUCACCGCUGUUUGUAGUGACAACCUCUUAUUCUUCAGUGUAUCCUACGUGUAAUGUGCUUUCUGGUUUAGGUUCUAGUGUGCUAUGGCCGAGCAUCUCAUCGCCGGAUCGAAAUACACGCCAGAGGACGGACUAACAGGAGCGCAACUUGUAACGUCGGGUAGCGGACUGACGUACAAUGACUUCAUUCUACUCCCAGGAUUUAUCAAUUUUACAACUGAUGAAGUGGAUUUGUCAUCUCCAUUGACAAAGCAUAUUUCAUUGAAAACUCCAUUUGUGAGUUCUCCAAUGGACACUGUUACAGAGGCAAACAUGGCAAUUGCUAUGGCAUUGAUGGGUGGUAUUGGUAUCUUACAUCACAACUGUCCUCCUGAAUUUCAAGCAUCUCAAGCUCGUAGUGUCAAGAAGUACAAACAAGGGUUCAUUGUGGAUCCUGUUGUGCUUUCCCCUAAUAAGACAGUGUCAGAUGUCUAUAGAAUUAAACAAGAGCGUGGAUUCUGCGGUAUUCCUGUGACUGAUACUGGUGAUGUCAAUGGCAAACUACUGGGUCUAAUUGCAGCUCGUGAUAUUGAUUUAAUUGGAAAAGAUAGAUCAGUGACUCCUGUAGAAGAGGUGAUGACACCAAGAAGGGAUCUUGUGAUUGCUCACCAUGGUUGCUCUCUAGAUGAGGCAAAUCACAUUCUACAAGAAAGCAAGAAGGGCAAGCUACCUAUAGUAAAUGAAAAUGAUGAGUUAGUUGCACUGAUUGCAAGAACUGAUCUAAAGAAAAGUCGAGAUUUUCCUCUUGCUUCCAAAGACGAUCUAAAUAGGUUGAGAGUUGGUGCCGCAGUAAGUACACAUGAAGAAGACAAAACUCGGAUAGAAGUAUUGGUAGCGCAAGAUGUGGAUGUGGUGGUUCUGGAUUCUUCUCAGGGAAAUUCUAUUUAUGAGAUGGAGAUGAUUCAUUAUAUCAAAAAAGCGUAUCCUGAAUUACAAGUAAUUGGAGGAAAUGUUGUGACUGCCGCUCAGGCCAAAAAUUUAAUUGACUGUGGUGUGGAUGCACUUCGUGUUGGUAUGGGCAGUGGGUCCAUUUGUAUCACACAGGAGGUGACAGCAGUUGGUCGACCACAAGGGACUGCUGUGUACAAGGUGGCAGAGUAUGCUAGGAGAUUUGGUGUUCCUGUGAUUGCUGAUGGUGGAAUACAAAAUGUUGGUCACAUAGUCAAAGCACUUGCUCUAGGUGGAUCAACAGUUAUGAUGGGUUCUUUGCUGGCUGGAACUAACGAAUCUCCUGGUGAAUUUUUCUUUCAAGAUGGUGUCAGGUUAAAGAAAUAUAGAGGAAUGGGAUCACUGCCAGCGAUGGAGCAAAAAGGCAGCAUGGCUCGUUACUUUAGUGACACAGACAAACUGAAGGUUGCUCAAGGAGUGUCAGGAUCAGUGGUUGAUAAGGGUUCUGUGUAUGGGUUUAUACCCUAUCUCUAUGCUGGUGUUCAGCAUGGCUGUCAAGACAUAGGAGCAAGGAGCUUAACACAACUGAGGCAAAUGAUGUAUGGUGGAGAGCUAAAGUUUGAACGUCGCUCACCCAGUGCACAGGUCGAGGGUGGAGUUCACGGAUUACAUAGUUACGAGAAGCGAUACUACUGACCACCAGCCACAUACAUGCUGAGCUCUGCAAUACUGCCAAUCUAACAAAAUCAUAAAAAGUAGUCUAAAUUUGCGUUUUAAAUUUCCUUGUUUUAAUGACUUGUGUUAUGCUGCUUUUGAUUUGUAGCUAGUGUGCGUGUGUAUUCCACCUAAGUUGAGCAUGGGCUCACUAACUACUGUACUCCCAAUUGUCAUUGUGUUUAACAAAGAUAAAUAUUUCCUG